AUGAGAAGAAGAUCACUUGGACGAUUAAGAAUUUCUCCAGAGAUCUUCCCUCCCGACAAACUUCUUGACAAGAAUAGUGGGUUUCUUGUGAAUGGAGAAGUCAAGGUUGUUGCCGAGGUCGAUAUUCUUGAAGUUAUUGGCAAAUCAGAUGUGUUAGAGGAAACUUCAUUUGUUAUAGACGUCAAUGGAUUUCAAGUACUUCCUCCGCAAGUAAAAUCUGUGGGUAGUUUGUUUAAAAGCCACCCAGACAUUGCAUCAAGAUUCCGUCCAAAGAACCCACAUUUGAGAACAUCAUACAUGAAUGUCCUACUAGGUCUGACUGAGGUUUUGUGCCAAUCUCUAGAGAAACUCUCCACUGCUGAUCUUUCCGAUGCGUAUUCUGCGCUACAGUAUGUGACACAAGCGGGGUUUAAACUGGACUGGUUGGAGAAGAAACUGAAAGAGGCUGGUCAGAAUAGGCUACAAGAAAUUGAGGAAGAAUUGAAGGAUUUGAAAGAGAAGUGUGCAGAGAUGGAAGCUCUGGUGGAGUUCUUAAGAUGA